CUUCACAGCAUCUCCACCUAGGUCAGAGUCCAAGCGUGUGCAGAACAACGCCGAAUUUUGGCACUCUAUGAACGAUUCGGUUAUCAAUUCUUCCAUCUGUUGCUCACAGCACCGGGCACUGUCGGCAUGCGACCCGUGACAAUCUGAAAAUCCCAUUUCAGACUACUUUCACUUCCCCUCCAACCCGUGUGUGUGGGAUAGCUUCACCAUGGCAUCCUCUGCUGUAGCCGAAGCUUCGGGUCUUCCACCCGAGGCACAGACCGAGAAGCCAAAUGAAAGCCCUGCCCAAUCGCCAGAGCAAUCGCCAGAGACAGCCGGGCAACAGGAGGAGUCAGAAUCCCCUGCCGAACCGCAAGGCUCCCCGUCCCCUUCAGAUUCCCAUUCCGAAGGCGAGUACUCCGGAUCCGAGGCCGACGAGCAACGCGACCCGAAAAUCACUGAAAAGUCACAACCACCACUUCCGAACGAACCUCUCCCCGGCCACGACAGCACCGGGCCCCCACUCCCAAACGAACCUCUGCCUUCCGAUCCUACUGCACCACCCCUCCCUGCGGAACCGAUACCCGAGCCCGAAGACGACGGAUGGGAGUUCCACUGGAACCCCAACGACCAGUCCUACUGGUUCUACAGCCGCUUCACCGGCGCGUGGCAAAAAGAGAAUCCACGGGUACCAGUCGCCAGCACCUCCACUGCGAACCCCCCAACCACAGCCCCAGCCGACCCCGGCCCGGCGCCACCACCCGCCGACGGCAGCACGGCCCUCAGCAACCCGACCUCGGUCGCGGGCGGCUACAACCCGGCCAUACACGGCGACUACGACGAGAACGCGUGGUACGCACAGAACCUCCACGGCGCGGCGGGCGCGGGCGCGGGCGCGGGCGCGGGCGGCAGCAACCCCGCCGAUCCAACCGGCGCUGGCGGCGGCGCCGCGGACGAGUACGCGUCGGCGGCCUUGUUCAACCGGCACACGGGCCAGUGGCAGACGGCGGAGCAGGGGGCGGAGCGGCACUCGGACGAGGCCAAGAGCCGGCGGCAGAUGCGCGCCUUCUUCGACGUCGACGCCGCCGCCAACAUGCACGACGGCCGCAGCCUCAAGGCCGAGCGCUCGGGGAUCAAGCCUAGUCGUUCGGAGUUGAAGGCGUUUAAGGAGAAGAGGAGGGCGAAGAAGGAGGAGAAGAGAAGGGCUUGGUUGAGGGAUUGAUUUUUGGGUUUGGGUUUUUGUUUCUUUUUUUUCUUCUUCUUUUUUUUUUUUCAAGACGGGGUAAUUGUUUUUGAUUUCGUCGCGCUGUUGCUGGCUGCGGAUUUGCGCUGCGUUUCUUUUGGUGUGUUACAACAGGCUGGUGCGGCCAGCUGAGGCCGAUUCUGCCCACGGAGCGGUGCGACGGGAUAAAGAUUUACCUUGGGUACCAGCUCGGAGGGAAGGGUCUGUUCGAUACCUAG